AUGAUUAAUAGUUCAUCAAUAAUAUCAUCAUCAUCAGAUAAUAUUCUUAUUGAACUUGUUACAGAAUUAUAUGAACGUACUAAACAAUCAUCAACAUUACCAUAUGAAGCUUUACUUUUAUUACGUCCAUUACCAUUAUUACUUGCACAUAUUGGUUUAUCGGAUCGUUUAAUGAAAAAAAUGUUUUUAGAAUUUGCUACAUCAACACAACACUUAUAUCCUCAAAAUCGUCUGUAUUCUACUACUACAAUUUCAUUAGAGGACGCCACAUAUGAAAUAGAUCUAUUGUUUUCUAAGUUGGUUUUAACUCUUGCUGGAUAUUGCUCGAAAGAAUUACAAGAAGAAUGUAAAAAAACCUUGGAUAUAAAACCAAUCACAGCUUCAUCAACAAUUUUGGAACAAAUUCGUGCUGUAACGGAUGUUGUGGAUAAUUGGAAAACAAAAAGUCAUAUAUCUGGAGAUAUUAUACCAAAAUAUGAUAUUGAAAAAUUCAACAACAUUUAUAACAACAUCCAAGAUAGUCUUGCCAAAAUCACUGAUACAAAUGAAGUAAAUAUUGGAGAAUUAAAAACUAAACUUAAAACAUUAUUUGAAAAUUUAACGGAUCUUGUAUUUGGACAAUCAAAACAAAUCAUUGAACUUGAAAGUCGAAUAGCUGCUUUAGAAGAAACAAAAACAAUAAAUGAAAAUCGAAUGAUAAAGCUUGAGAAAAAAUUUAAAAUGAUGGAAAAAAACAAAGUCAUUGCUGAUUUACUUGAUCCUUUUGUGAAAGAGAUGUACGAUUAUAUUAAUUCAUUACCAGGUCAACCACGUCAUUAUGAUGAUUCGUCUAUUUUUCGUGCAUUUCAAGCAAUAUUCAAAAAUAAUCAAACAGUUGAAAAUGAAUAUAAAGAACAUUUUGAUAAAAAUAUAAAUGAAGAAUAA